AUGGCAGUUGUUGCUGCUGCUAUGGCAGUUGCUGCUGCUAUGGCAGUUGUUGCUGCUGCUGUGACAGUUGUUGCUGCUGCUGUGGCAGUUGCUACUGAAAUUAAUGCUGCUGCAAAUACUGCUGCUGAUUCUGCUGUUACUACUUCAGCUACCGCUGCUGGAUGCAACUGCCAUAGACAAAAUGUCAGAAGGAUUGUGUGUAAUUCCGGUGGUCCUUGUAAACAAAGUGCAGUAGAGAACGCCAUGGAGCUGUGCCUUCUAAGAUGUAAGAAAAAAAGGGCGGAUCCCACGGAAAACCAAGUCCGACCCUGGCAACACCCCGCUGGACGAACAAGCGAGCAGCUCUGGAAUGACGCCAGUGAGCUACAGAGUGGCGAUUCUCAGUGUUUAUUGGACGAUAUCUACCACAAGCUGGAACCCGUCUGGCAAGAGAGAGUUAUCAAGUUACUGAAACAGGCAGCAGAGGGCACUGAGAAGUAAUCUGUCGGCGGACGCCAUUACUCUCUAGUGCGUUGGAUCUGUACUACCGUGCCAAGAAAUCAAGACGUUGUGUCAGCGUAAAUGAAGAAUCAUGGCGAAAAAAAAUAUCACUUUGGUUUAAGGAAUUUUAAUAAUAAUAACUCAAGUUUAAUUUUCCGCUCUCUGGUUUAUAUUUUAUUGGUGUUUUUAGAUUCUUUCUUAAAGCUCUGUAUCCAAUUUUCGCUUACUUUUGAAGUGUUUUGAAAUCGCUCAUUCUUUUUGCGGCGUCCCAUCGUUCACUGCAUGCGACUGAGGUUGAUCAUUCCAAGUGCGAUGGACUAGGGGUUUAUCAAACUAUAGCGGGCAGCAAUCAUAAUGAGUUUUUGAAUGAGAAGUUUGUGUGACUUUUUUUUUAAUUAUCUAAUGGGAACCAAGAGUUGGCAGGGAAAAAUUUCACAACUUGUUUCCCCUGAAAGCAAAAAAUCAAAAAUAAGGCGACACGAACUAAAUAUUGAGUACAACAUUUAAACAGGGCUCCCUAGUAUUACUGUUUGCACAUGAAUGUGUUUAUCCUGUUUUUUGUUUUGGUAUUUUGUUUUUAUUGUUAAAAAAUAUUGCCAACUUUUUCGCCAAAAAUAUUAGUCUUUAGAUUACAAAUAAUUCCGUAACCGUGGUAUUUUCGGCUACCAGAGUUUAACUGUUUGUAUAUAAAUUACACAGAAUUUUGCGCCGAACAAAUUACGUACUCAAUUAUUCUAAUUGUUUGCACCAGUAGAAAAGAGUCUCUGAAAUGCAAAAUACACAUCAAGAUGUAUACUUUUUGAAACUACAUACAAACCCAGCCCGUCACCUUUGGUUCUGCUUUCCUUUCCAGAGUUCACAUGAAGCGUGUGGGGCAAUAACAUAAUUACCGAAGUGUUCUACAGGGGACGAGGUUGAUCAAUAAGUCUUUAUAAUGCUGCCGACAUCUUGGUCUAGUUUCCUGAGGCAUAGUUGGUGCCCCUGCGCUGAUUUUCGAAUAUAAACGUUGCCUGUCUAAGUUAAUUUACCCAUAAGACCUAUGGGACAACCUCGUUUGACCUGAAUAGAUGGGUGAGCCACUUUUAUUUGAAGGCGGGUGUUGUAUCACUUAAAUCUAUACAGUUCACGCGACAUCUUUAAAACUGAAUGUAAAAGAGGAUUGCAUUUCUUGGGCUCAUUCAAUAGCACGGAACAUUGUAAAUAUUUUUAGAUGUAAAAUUGGUAUUUGACGAAAUGUGUUUAACAACUGAAAUGAAAAGCGUGUGCGGUAAUUCGAUUCGAUGCAUGUUAAACACUGUGCCCGCAAGUCGGCGAAUUCGCAACACACAUUAACGAAAGGUUUAUACAUUUCUGAACGUUAGCAAAGUACACAGUGAACUUAAUUUUUUUUUAAGUAUGUUGAGAACCCUCACAAAAGAUGUUACCCAACACGUCUUAAAGCCUGGAUCCACAUCUUAAGUGUCGCUCUGUGUGAGUAUCGGCAUUUAAGGGGAGUUAAAACGAUCCCUACUCGCACGUCCGUUUCCGUGAGAAAAUAAAAUACCUCCUGUUAAAUACUUACGACAGAAAUUUAGGAGUUUCUAAUAACGGAUACUUUCACUUUUCUCCAGUGACACCCCAUCGACAUGUUCUGUCUCUUCCUCCGACCUUGAGCAGCUCCAUGCAGGAGUCACUACCCUAUUAUACAAUAUAUUUUAUCCCAAACCCUCAAAAACAAUCAAUAAAAUAUUUCACUCUCGAAGAACGGAAGCUAAGUCUUGACACGUUCACUGUCAGGUCCUAAAUAAUUCAUCCACUAUCGAGCAGAGGACAACAUAGAUAUCAUAAAAACGUCAGAAGAGUUCGUCGUCGGGAAUAUCGCCUCCACGAUUGAUCGGCGACAUCAAAAGAUUCCGACAGAAUCGUUUUCCGUCUUCACAACUCAUUUGUCACCAUUUUGACAACUCGUUGGAAUUUCUCAUUGUUGAAGCGCGACGGUCCAUUGAGAAUUCAAGAUGUCUUUCGACACCCUGUCCUGUUUGAUGUAACACACUAGAUAUUUGCGGUCCUCGUGGGUUUUAGGGGUUGGAAUGGGGGGGUAGAUGCUUCAAGUCAUCAUUAUUAUCCUGUUAGUGUGUGAACUAUCGCUGGCAAGAACGUUCGCAGACGUUUUGCUUGCUACGUCACACCAUACUUUUUUUUUGCAAACCACUAUGGAAAGCCACUUGUUUGUGGUUCCGAAAGCCACUUGUUUGUGGUUCCGAAACAAACAGUUUAGCAUCUAAAAAAAACCUGAAUUAUCAACAGACACCACAUAAAGAUAAAGGAAGAUAGCUUCCUCUUUCUCUCAGUAUUUUUGAUGUAAAUGUUCCAUUUAGGGUAAAAUCGAUAGCAAUCAACUGUUGAAAUGUAUUGCCCUUUAUGACCGCCCAUACAAAAUGGCGCUCAAUGUGUAAAGGUCUGCGCCAUCUUUAAUUCAAUCGCAUCUGUCACGUGGUGCAGAUGAGAUACCCUUCUUAAGUUUAACAUUGCAAUUGGUGUUUAAACACACCUCUUACUGUUGGAAUGAUGAGGGCCCGACCUAAGGUUGUAUCUUCUUUUUUGAGGCCCCUCCCAAAAAAAGUUUUUUUGUUUUGGUAUUUAAAUGUACAAACUUCAGCUAUCAAGCAAACUUGAAAAGAUUUUGCGUAGGCUAUAAAUACAGAAAUGUGCAUUUAUUAGUUCAGUGCAAUCGAAAAGUCAAUGUUACAAAAUCAUCGAAACUUAAACUAUAAUAUAUUAUGCACCGUAUUUUUCUGAUAAGGGGAUAACUUGUUUAACUUUGCUGUUUAGUACAUAAAAAAGGCCUAAAUAUCAGGCUUUGAUUUUAAGACUUUCUAUAAGCUAUAUCUCAGUGUGCAUGUGAACACUCAAUAAAAAUCUAUUCGUCAAUAUAUAGCAAUUUGUAUACGAGUAGAAAGAUAUGCUAUUUUGUCUUUAAAUGCUAGUAUUGCUAACAAAGAUGUGAUGUAGCCCGUUGUGAGAUUAUGUAGAGUAUUAUGUGUUCUCUUCGACUUCACGGAGGCUUGUCUGGACGCCUCAAAUAAAGCUUGUGCCUUAUCACACCAUUAACAAAUGUUAUAUAAUAACUUUAUUCAACAUUCGAGAAUAUUAAAAAAAAAAGCCACAGUA